GACACUCUGCAGUGCACGGUCCUCUAGCUAUACCAUUCUCUUCCAGCUUCUCUAGCAUCUUUCGGCUCUUCGUGUACAAGAACUUCGAGGUAAGAGCACUCAGAUGUGGAACGACUACCCGGGAAACCAGCGCGGAUACCCUCCGCCACCAAAUGAAGGCAGCCCAAUGGGCUUUCCGUCGCCAGGCGUGCCGAAUGCGUCGCGAGGCUACGAGCCGAGCUACGCACCGUCGUAUGGAGGUGACCCGUGGGGGCCGCCUCCCGGCCCUCCGCCCAGCCACCACCACCACCAUCACCAAGGUGGCGGAUAUGCUCCUCCUCCUGGCCCGCCACCGUCUAUUCCUCCGAGACCAUCACCUGGCGGAUACGCGCCACCUCCAGGUCCACCACCUUCUGGUUACGGCGCGCCAUCUCCUGGCGCAGGACGCCAAUACGCGCCUCCCCCCGGUCCUCCGUCUGGUUAUGGCAUGUCAGAUCCAUAUUCCGGUGGUUACGCUCCUCCGCCCGGGGCCCCGCACCGCCCUCCUACAGGCCAACAGCACUAUGGGCCGAUGAUGAACGGGCAGGGCGGGCAGCAGCAGAUUCAGCCUUACUUCCAGUACUCCCAAUGUAAUGGAAAGAAGAAGGCUCUCUGUAUUGGGAUAAACUACAUGGGGUCCUCUCAGGAACUCAAGGGAUGCAUCAACGACGCAAACAACAUGCGGCGUUUCCUUAUUCAUGAGUAUGGAUACCAAGAGGACGACAUCGUGAUGUUGACUGAUGACCAACCGGACCCGAGAGCCAUCCCUACGCGGAUGAACAUGAUACAUGCCUUCCAAUGGCUCGUGCGCGAUGCACAGCCAAACGACUCGCUCUUCUUGCAUUACUUGGAUGGUGACGAAGAAAGCGGGUACGACGAGGUGAUUUACCCUGUAGACUUCCAAGAGACCGGCCAAAUCGUGGACGACGGAUGUCGUCUCACGGCUAUAUUUGACUCGUGCCACUCCGGCUCUAUCAUGGACCUGCCAUACAUGUACUCCCACGAAGGGAAGAUCAAGGAGCCCAACCUGGCAGCAGAAGCCGCGCAAGGCCUCCUCGGCGCAGUCAGUUCCUAUGCCCGGGGCGACAUCGGAGGCAUGAUGAGCACCGUAACGGGACUCAUCAAAGGUGUGUCGGGCAGAAACUCAGGCGCGCGCGAGCGGACACAGCAAACGAAGACGAGCCCCGCUGAUGUGAUCUGCUGGGGUGGCUGCAAGGACCAGCAGACCAGCGCGGAUACGGUCGAAGCCGGGCAGGCGACGGGAGCCAUGAGUUACCUCCGGCAAAACAAGCAGCAAAGUUACCAACAGCUGCUCCUGAACGUCCGGGGGAUCCUCUUCCAGAAGUACAGCCAGAAGCCGCAGCUGUCCUCCUCCCACCCGAUCGACACGAGUUUGUUGUUCAUCUGUUGAAGCGUUCGCAGGACGCGUGUGGUUCAAUGGGGCGAAUCUUGCUGUACGAUGCCUGUGUACGGACUAUAGGCUGUAUCAUCUUGUGCCUCUUUCUUGUAGUGCCUCAGAGCAAACGGAACAUAGUCUCGUCUCGAUGUAACUGCAACUCGUCAGCGCAACUUGAACAAAGCGGGGUCGGACGCACUCAGUAAGAGGGCCGCAGGACACCGACUCACA